GCAGGUCCUAACCCUGCACCCCGGCCCCCGCUAGCGAGCACUGCGACUGGGGACAGCGGCCCGGGAGGACGGUUCCAGGAUGGAAAUGCAGCUCUUGCAGUUGGUGGCCUGUUUGGUCCUUGGGACCCUACAUUCAGAGGGGUCCACUGGGAGACUGAUGGGUGUGGAUCCUGAAGCAAACAUGAAUGUGACUGAAAUUAUCUCUUACUGGGGAUUCCCUGCUGAGGAACACUUAGUUGAGACAGAAGAUGGAUAUAUUCUGUGCCUUCACCGCAUCCCUCAUGGGAGGAAGAACCAUUCUGACAAAGGUCCCAAACCAGUUGUCUUUCUGCAGCAUGGCUUGCUGGCAGAUUCCAGUAACUGGGUCACAAACCUUGCCAAUAGCAGCCUGGGCUUCAUUCUUGCCGAUGCUGGUUUCGAUGUGUGGAUGGGGAACAGCAGGGGAAACACCUGGUCUCGGAAACAUAAGACCCUUUCCAUAGACCAAGAUGAGUUCUGGGCUUUCAGCUAUGACGAGAUGGCAAAAUAUGACCUACCAGCUUCAGUUAACUUCAUUCUGAAUAAAACUGGCCAAAGACAAGUGUUUUACGUGGGUCAUUCUCAAGGCACCACUAUAGGUUUUAUAGCAUUUUCACAGAUCCCUGAGCUGGCCAAAAGGAUUAAAAUGUAUUUUGCCCUGGCUCCCGUGGUUUCAGUCGAGUUCUGUGCUAGCCCUCUAGCCAAAUUGGGACGAUUUCCAGAUCUUCUCUUUAAGGACAUAUUUGGGGACAAAGCAUUUUUUCCCCAGAAUUGGGUUUUGAAGUGGCUGGGCACCCACGUGUGCACUCAUGUCAUUAUGAAGGAGCUUUGUGGAAAUCUCCUUUUCAUUCUCUGUGGAUUUAAUGAGAGAAAUUUAAAUAUGUCUAGAGUGGAUGUGUAUACAACACACUGUCCUGCUGGAACUUCUGUGCAAAACAUGCUACACUGGAGCCAGACUGUUAAAUCCCAAAAGUUUCAGGCCUAUGACUGGGGAAGCAGUGCCAAGAAUUAUUUUCAUUACAACCAGACUUACCCACCCACAUAUAAUGUGAAGGACAUGCUUGUGCCAACUGCAGUCUGGAGCGGAGGUCGGGACCGGCUUGCGGACGACAACGACAUCAAUGUCUUACUGACUCAGAUCACCAAUUUGGUGUACCACGAGCGCAUUCCUGAGUGGGAGCAUCUCGACUUUAUCUGGGGCUUGGAUGCUCCUUGGCGGCUGUAUAAUGAAAUUAUUGAUUUAAUGAAGAAAUAUCAGUGAAAGUCAGACUUGAGAAAUGUACCAUCAAAUUAAUGAUCAAGUCAUGUGAAAUGCAUUUGCUUGCUUUCUGUAAAAUACUUGUUUUCCUUUCCCAGAUCUUUUGUAUUUUUAUUUCCAAGAAUAUUAUAACUUUGAAGAUGCCUACUUCUUUCUAAUUAGGAUUAGAAACACACUAGCUAUUUGUUUGUUUGUUUGUUUAAUUAUGGCUGAAUAUGAGCUAGUGUCUCAACGCUGCUUUUCUAAACCUUCACCACUGACUAAAAAGGUCACUAUAACUAUUCUGUUUAUUCUUACAGUUUAAAAUAUACUGUAGUGACUUUUUAUCCCCAUGCAGGGCAAAUUAACACUUGUUGAAAUUUUUAAACUGUGUUGUUCAGUGGUAAAUAAUCUGUCACUAACUUGAGCUCAGUAUAAAAGUACCUCCAUCCCCCAGCCUUGAAGGGCUCUCCAGUCUAAUCAUCUUGUAUUUAGGGAUCUAAAUCACACUUUUUCAUGUUUUCAUGCUGUAGGUGCAUAGUCAAAUCUGGUAAUAUCCCAGCUAUGCCAGUAAUGAAGAUUCCGUAAUGAAUUUUAUCAAACCUAAC